GGACAUCGUUAUUAUAAUCCUCAAACUGAAAUGUGCUGUGCAGGAAAAAUACAUCCACUUUAUAGCGGUGGGAAUUGUUGUGGGGACAAAAUUUAUGAUACUACAUUUUGUUUGCUGUCAUGGAAAGAUUCUUGAUAGAACAAACGGUUUUGCUUGUUGUGGGUCUGUCAACUAUAAUCCUUUUAUUGGUGUUUGUUGUGGUGGUAAGCUUCAUAAAUAUUUACCUUCAAGCUUUCAAUGUUGUGCUUCCCAAACCUACGAUCCUACCAGAGCCAUUUGUUGUAAUGGCAAGGUAUUCUAUGGUUUCUUUAUAAGUUGUUGUGGUAAUAAUUAUUACCGGCCUUCCUCUCAAGUCUGUUGUGAUGGAAAAAUUUUAAGCAAAAGAUUUGGUUCUGCUUGUUGUGGUACAAUAAAUUACAAUCCUUCUAGUUCAGUUUGUUGUAGUGGUAACAUUCUGUCUAAGUCAUCAGGUGAUGUAUGUUGUGGCUCAAAAAAUUACAAAAGUGGUUCUCAUGUGUGUUGCAGUGGAGUGAUUCAAUCUCGAUUUCUUGGUAGUAGUUGUUGUGGUUCUCACUCUUAUAACAGUUAUUCACAAGUUUGUUGUAAUGGUAAGAUUCACAGUAAAAGGAGAGGUAAUUCUUGUUGUCAUAAUCAAGUUUAUAAUUCUGCAGUGGCAGUUUGUUGUCAUGGAAGACUAUUCUACAAAUGGCGAGGUUCUUCAUGUUGCAAAUCACGUAAUUAUAAUAGUAAAAGUCAUUUGUGUUGCAAUGGCAAAAUUAUCUCAAGAAUUCAUGGUUCAUCUUGUUGCGGUUCUAGGGCUUUCUUCCCUAAUCACAAAAAAUGUUGUCACAAUAACCUUUUUCCUGGUGGAAGUGGGGUUAGCUGCUGUUUGAGUCAUGCUUAUCAUAGAAGCAAGCAGGUCUGCUGUUCAGGUAGAGUUUUGCCCAAAAGUAAGGGUACUUUAUGUUGUGGCUCUAUAAAUUAUGAUUCCUUUAGUAAGGUAUGCUGUCAUGGAAAUAUUUUGUCUCGUUCCUCUGGAUCUCGCUGCUGUGGUUCGAGAAACUACAAUCCUACAAAACACAUUUGCUGUAACUAUAAACUUCGAUUAAGAUCCACUGGAAGUAUGUGUUGUGGCUCGAAUAGCUUUGAUCCUUUACAAAAAACUUGCUGUGGUAACCACCUGUAUCCAAAAUCAUUUGGCUCCCAUUGUUGUACCUACUGGGGUUCAUAUAAAAGUCCUUAUUAUUACGGUAUUCCAAUGAGUUCAACUACAUCUAUCUGCUGUCGUGGUAAAGUUCAACUAAGAUAUUUUGGAUCAUCUUGUUGUGGAGGCCGGAACUAUGACUCAAGAACGCAUAUCUGCUGUUACAACAACUUAUACUCGAAGUUAAACGGUAACAAAUGCUGCGGAUCUCGUCCUUACAACUCCCGUUUGUAUGUUUGUUGCCAUGGAAAUAUCUUAAGUAAAUCUAGAGGACGGAGAUCUUGUUGUGGAAGCCAUAAUUACAAUUCAAAAUCUCAACGUUGUUGUAAUGGUAAGAUACUUAAUGGUUCUUCUGGAUACCAGUGCUGUGGAUCUUCCUUGUACCGAUUGUCUUCUCAGAUAUGCUGUCACAACAAUGUCCUGUCAAAAUCCUAUUUUUCGUACACUGGAUGCUGUGGCUCUAAUGUCUAUGAUACAAGAAAACAUGUUUGCUGUUCUGGUCAUAUUCGCUCGAAGUUUAGAGGUAGUUCAUGUUGUGGCAGUGUAAAUUAUCAUCCUUCCAGUACCAUUUGUUGUGGAUACAAGCUUCUUUCUCGACUUCAUGGCUCAUCUUGUUGUGGCAACCAAAACUACAACUCUAAGAAGAUGAAAUGUUGCUAUAAAUAUUCUCAUGGAGGAUAUUACUUCGUAAAAAUUUCUCAGUCAUGUUUUUAAAUAAUAAUUGGUUGUAUAAGAAUAAACAAGCACUUAGCUUUUUAUAGUAUUUGAUGCUUUAAAGUGUAACAAUUUAACAUUGUUGUAUGUUGUAAGGUAAUUGUUGUGAAGCAAAUAAAUAGUUUUAGCCUA